AUGAGUGAUGUGUGCGAGACACAGAAGGAGAGGAGGGCGUUGCGCCGCAUGAGGUCAAUUUAUCAGGUUCAUUACGGAUUGCGACCGCAAGCCGACGAGAUGUCGGCGAAGCCCUUCGCCUUUCCAAAUGACCCAGACGAAGUCCAUGCUUACGCUCUGCAAGUGGCCGGUCAUCAGUCUACCGAGGACACAAAAUACACAGGUCUUCUCCAAUGCAAUAAUGGGAGAGUCCUAAAGCCGAUCCUCAAGGAGUCUCAAAAGCGCGAGGUUGAAUUUUACGAGCGUCUUGCUACCACCAGCGACCCGGACCUGAUACAGCUUCGCAAGUUUGUGCCCAAAUACUUCGGAGUGAAAAAGUUCACGUACAAUGGCCACGAGCAGGACUACAUAAUACUGGAGGAUCUCACUGAAAGGAUGCUGGAGCCUUGCAUAAUGGAUGUCAAGAUUGGCAAAAGAACUUGGGAUCCAUUAGCCACCGCGGAGAAGAGAAAAAAGGAAGAUAACAAAUAUAAACUGUGCAAGCAGGAGUUCGGGUUCUGCAUCCCGGGCUACCAGGUGUACAAGUUGUCCACGGGCAAACUGCAAAAGUACAACAAGGAGUACGGGAAGAAGUUGCAGGGAGAAAUGGUCAUUACUGCAAUCCGUAACUACCUGAACACGUGUGGCGUGAGCGGUGCUGCGUGCAGAGCGCUGCUGCUGCAGCAGCUCGCCGCGCUGUGGGCGCUGCAGCGCUGGGCCGCGGCGCCACGCUCGCUGCGCCUGGCGGCCGCCUCGCUGCUGCUGGUGUACGACGCCGCGCGGCUGCGGCACGCCGCCCGUACACAGCCGCCUCGCUGCUGCUGGUGUACGACGCCGCGCGGCUGCGGCACGCCGCCCGGUGAGUACUGCACGCCGCAGGCUGCACCACACUACACUGUACUGCGCUACAUUACAGUACACUACAGUACACAGCCGCCUCGCUGCUGCUGGUGUACGACGCCGCGCGGCUGCGGCACGCCGCCCGGUGAGUACUGCACGCCGCAGGCUGCACCACACUACACUGUACUGCGCUACAUUACAGUACACUACAGUACACAGCCGCCUCGCUGCUGCUGGUGUACGACGCCGCGCGGCUGCGGCACGCCGCCCGGUGAGUACUGCACGCCGCAGGCUGCACCACACUACACUGUACUGCGCUACAUUACAGUACACUACAGUACACAGCCGCCUCGCUGCUGCUGGUGUACGACGCCGCGCGGCUGCGGCACGCCGCCCGGUGAGUACUGCACGCCGCAGGCUGCACCACACUACACUGUACUGCGCUACAUUACAGUACACUACAGUACACAGCCGCCUCGCUGCUGCUGGUGUACGACGCCGCGCGGCUGCGGCACGCCGCCCGGUGAGUACUGCACGCCGCAGGCUGCACCACACUACACUGUACUGCGCUACAUUACAGUACACUACAGUACACAGCCGCCUCGCUGCUGCUGGUGUACGACGCCGCGCGGCUGCGGCACGCCGCCCGGUGAGUACUGCACGCCGCAGGCUGCACCACACUACACUGUACUGCGCUACAUUACAGUACACUACAGUACACAGCCGCCUCGCUGCUGCUGGUGUACGACGCCGCGCGGCUGCGGCACGCCGCCCGGUGAGUACUGCACGCCGCAGGCUGCACCACACUACACUGUACUGCGCUACAUUACAGUACACUACAGUACACAGCCGCCUCGCUGCUGCUGGUGUACGACGCCGCGCGGCUGCGGCACGCCGCCCGGUGAGUACUGCACGCCGCAGGCUGCACCACACUACACUGUACUGCGCUACAUUACAGUACACUACAGUACACAGCCGCCUCGCUGCUGCUGGUGUACGACGCCGCGCGGCUGCGGCACGCCGCCCGGUGAGUACUGCACGCCGCAGGCUGCACCACACUACACUGUACUGCGCUACAUUACAGUACACUACAGUACACAGCCGCCUCGCUGCUGCUGGUGUACGACGCCGCGCGGCUGCGGCACGCCGCCCGGUGAGUACUGCACGCCGCAGGCUGCACCACACUACACUGUACUGCGCUACAUUACAGUACACUACAGUACACAGCCGCCUCGCUGCUGCUGGUGUACGACGCCGCGCGGCUGCGGCACGCCGCCCGGUGAGUACUGCACGCCGCAGGCUGCACCACACUACACUGUACUGCGCUACAUUACAGUACACUACAGUACACAGCCGCCUCGCUGCUGCUGGUGUACGACGCCGCGCGGCUGCGGCACGCCGCCCGGUGAGUACUGCACGCCGCAGGCUGCACCACACUACACUGUACUGCGCUACAUUACAGUACACUACAGUACACAGCCGCCUCGCUGCUGCUGGUGUACGACGCCGCGCGGCUGCGGCACGCCGCCCGGUGAGUACUGCACGCCGCAGGCUGCACCACACUACACUGUACUGCGCUACAUUACAGUACACUACAGUACACAGCCGCCUCGCUGCUGCUGGUGUACGACGCCGCGCGGCUGCGGCACGCCGCCCGGUGAGUACUGCACGCCGCAGGCUGCACCACACUACACUGUACUGCGCUACAUUACAGUACACUACAGUACACAGCCGCCUCGCUGCUGCUGGUGUACGACGCCGCGCGGCUGCGGCACGCCGCCCGGUGAGUACUGCACGCCGCAGGCUGCACCACACUACACUGUACUGCGCUACAUUACAGUACACUACAGUACACAGCCGCCUCGCUGCUGCUGGUGUACGACGCCGCGCGGCUGCGGCACGCCGCCCGGUGAGUACUGCACGCCGCAGGCUGCACCACACUACACUGUACUGCGCUACAUUACAGUACACUACAGUACACAGCCGCCUCGCUGCUGCUGGUGUACGACGCCGCGCGGCUGCGGCACGCCGCCCGGUGAGUACUGCACGCCGCAGGCUGCACCACACUACACUGUACUGCGCUACAUUACAGUACACUACAGUACACAGCCGCCUCGCUGCUGCUGGUGUACGACGCCGCGCGGCUGCGGCACGCCGCCCGGUGAGUACUGCACGCCGCAGGCUGCACCACACUACACUGUACUGCGCUACAUUACAGUACACUACAGUACACAGCCGCCUCGCUGCUGCUGGUGUACGACGCCGCGCGGCUGCGGCACGCCGCCCGGUGAGUACUGCACGCCGCAGGCUGCACCACACUACACUGUACUGCGCUACAUUACAGUACACUACAGUACACAGCCGCCUCGCUGCUGCUGGUGUACGACGCCGCGCGGCUGCGGCACGCCGCCCGGUGAGUACUGCACGCCGCAGGCUGCACCACACUGCACUGUACUGCGCUACAUUACAGUACACUACAGUACACAGCCGCCUCGCUGCUGCUGGUGUACGACGCCGCGCGGCUGCGGCACGCCGCCCGGUGAGUACUGCACGCCGCAGGCUGCACCACACUACACUGUACUGCGCUACAUUACAGUACACUACAGUACACAGCCGCCUCGCUGCUGCUGGUGUACGACGCCGCGCGGCUGCGGCACGCCGCCCGGUGAGUACUGCACGCCGCAGGCUGCACCACACUACACUGUACUGCGCUACAUUACAGUACACUACAGUACACAGCCGCCUCGCUGCUGCUGGUGUACGACGCCGCGCGGCUGCGGCACGCCGCCCGGUGAGUACUGCACGCCGCAGGCUGCACCACACUACACUGUACUGCGCUACAUUACAGUACACUACAGUACACAGCCGCCUCGCUGCUGCUGGUGUACGACGCCGCGCGGCUGCGGCACGCCGCCCGGUGAGUACUGCACGCCGCAGGCUGCACCACACUACACUGUACUGCGCUACAUUACAGUACACUACAGUACACAGCCGCCUCGCUGCUGCUGGUGUACGACGCCGCGCGGCUGCGGCACGCCGCCCGGUGAGUACUGCACGCCGCAGGCUGCACCACACUACACUGUACUGCGCUACAUUACAGUACACUACAGUACACAGCCGCCUCGCUGCUGCUGGUGUACGACGCCGCGCGGCUGCGGCACGCCGCCCGGACGAUGCCCUCCAGCACGGAGAACCGGUGCUGGAAGGCAGCCAGCUCCUGCCGGACCAGGUUCAGAACCUGGUUCUCCACCGGCACGGGCUGGCUUGGGCGCUGCGUCUGGGGCGCCGCGCGAGAGGCAGGCUCACGUAGACUGGCCAGGUCUGCGCGGAGCUUCUCGUUCUCCUUCUGGAGAAAACCUCAAUUCGUGUACCCAACGACCGUUAGUGCGAAGGAAAUCUAUUCACUCCACAUACAACCCAACUGCGGGCUCAAACUUCAGCGGACAGAUCAGCUCCGACGGUCCCGUAUAUAAAAAAGUUAACCCGGUAACGCUAUCUUCCAUGGCCGAAGCUCAGAACUACUUCGCUCCCCCACCACCCGUCAACUCCCCGUGGUCCGAGGCUUUGGAGAAACUAAAUCACAGCCACUCCUUUGAGCAUAACUAUGAGGAUAAACUGUCAAAAAUAAAAAUGAACUACAGAGCAGUACUGGACCAGCUAUCGAGUGAGUCUCCGUAUCCCAACCAUUGGGGGACGGUGAAGUUGAUAGAUUUCGCGCAUGCAUUCUUCAAUGAUGACGAGGAAGAGACUGUUGAUUAUAACUUUAAGGAAGGGAUCGACAGUUUUGUUCAUAUAUAUGAAUCAUUAUUGCGGGAGACGGACGAUCAAGUGUUUUGA